GUAUCUUUCGACGUGCGAGAUUAUUAGAUUAAGCCCGAUUAGUUGAAGAGUGCUUGUGGUGUAAACAUCGCAUUAAUAUUCAUUUACGGCGCGCACGGUACCAAAAUAAAAACAUCUAAUAAGCUAAUUGGUAGUUAAUCGAGUUUCUAAUCGCAUCUGACUUGCGCAUACUGGACUCUAAUUCACAUCAACGAAAUUGAAUUAUUUUUUACGUGCGCCAUUCACGAGUAGUAAAAUUUAAUUUCAAUUUGGUGACACCAACAAAGUUAGCAACAAGUGCAUUAAUUAUGCUCGGAUUUAACAGCGGCGCGCUGCAAUUGACGGGAUUUGAUGAAAGUCUUGCGCUGACGGGAAACUUGGAAAGUCUUAAUAACCCUUCGACGACGAACCUGAACGCGUUGCAUAACGUUGUUAACUUAACAAGCAAUAAUCGAGACUUUACAGUGUGCAGCUUAUUGAAAGCGGAUAGUAAUUCAACGGAAGAUGUUACGCUUGGAAAACAUAAUAAUAAAUAUCUGCAAGAGGAUGAAAUUACUGAGUGUGUCAAAGAUUAUGAUCAACAAGAUUAUAAAAAAACAUUUCACGAUCACAAGAAACCCCGACGCAAUCGAACAACGUUUACGACCGCACAACUAAACGCAUUGGAAAAAAUCUUCGAAAAAACUCAUUAUCCCGAUGCGUUUGUGCGCGAAGACCUCGCGACGAAAGUAAACCUCUCCGAAGCGCGUGUCCAAGUCUGGUUUCAGAACCGACGAGCGAAAUUCCGCCGGAAUGAACGCUCGUCCUCCACAUCAGCUUCAACAUCAUCCUCGGUUAUAACGACGAUAAGCAAUAUUCCGACAAAGGGAAAAGAUUACCAGUUAUCAGUAGGAACGCCUGUUGCUCCCGUUCUGCCUGUCAACCCGAAUGUGAAUGCGGAACUGCAGCAUUACAUGAUGACACCGUGGAAGUUUGCGUAUCAACAUCGUGCUGCACCGGACGACGCGACACAGUUGUAUAACGGUGGGUUGCAGGGACAUUUCCUCAACUGUUGCAAUAUGCCAAACAUGAAUCUAGCAGGAAAUGCGGGUGGUGCCACAACAAGUGGUUUUGCGUACAUGAACAUGAAUGUGAAUCCUCGCUAUCGAUCCGAGUUUCAUCAUCAUGCACAUGGGCACCAUUCUCAUUCACAUGGACAAUUUAAUCAACAGUUGAAUUUAUAGAUUAUGUAUAUUAUUAGUCAAUUUAGCAUGUGCAACAUGUGUUUUAAAUGUUUAGAAAUAAAAAUAAAAAGAUUUUUAAAGUU